AUGCUCUCCAUUUGCGGCCGCGGCGGUGGAGCCGUGGCAGCCGGGGAGGAACAGCGCGCGCCCUACCCGCGGCCGCAGCAGCAGCUCGGCGCGGCGAUCGAUGCCCUGAUACUGAACCAGCUCCAAGUUGAUGAACGCACGCGGCUCGACAUCACUCAACAGAGUUACAACGCAGGGGAUUUCAGAGCGGCACUUGAACACAGCAAUGCCAUUUACAGGGAGAACCUCCUGCUGCUUGGCGCCGUUUAUUUCCAGCUACGGGAGUUUGACAUGUGCAUCGCGAAGAACGAGGAGGCUGUUGCAAUCCAGCCCAAUUUUCCGGAGUGCUUCAACAACAUGGCGAAUGCAUGGAGGGAGAAAGGCGAUAUAGAUCGUGCCAUCCAGUGCUAUGAACAUGCAAUUCAGGUGAGUGUACUAUCUGAAGACAAACCGUGCUUCGACCCACCUUUGCUGACGCAUUCUCAAACUAACUUAGCGAUUGCUUAUACUCGAAAAGGAAAUCUCAUCAAGGCAAGCACGUGUUGUCAUCAGGCGCUUGCACUGAAUCCUCGUUUGGUUGAUGCCUAUUGCAACCUCGGUGACGUGUUGAAAGCACAAGGAUCAUACAGAGAUGCAUACAAUUUGGAGGCUGUAAGCAUAUUGCCUAGUUGUGCAAGUGCAUGGUGCAAUAUUGCUGGACUUUUCAUGCAAUGGGGAGAUUUCAAUAAGGCAGCUUUCUACUAUAAGGAAGCAAUUAAAUUCAAGCCGUCAUUUUAUGAUGCCCGUUUGAGCUUGGGCAAUCUUUACAAGGCUGUCGGAAUGUGUCAGGAUGCAAUUAUAUGCUACCAGAAUGCAGCACAGGCAUGGCCACAAAAUGCAGUAGCUUAUGGUAGUCUUGGCGACGCCUACUAUGAACAAGGCCAACUGGAUCUUGCUAUUUUAAGCUACAGGCAUGCCACUAAUUGCAACCCAUCUUAUGUUGAAGCAUACAAUAAUCUGGGAAAUGCUUUAAAAGGAUCUGGAAAAUGCGACGAAGCAAUCUGUUGCUACCAGACAUGCCUUGCUCUUCAACCUAAUCAUCCUCAAGCUCUGACAAACCUUGGCAAUGUUUAUAUGGAGAGGAGCAUGCUGGACAUAGCUGCUUCACAUUUCAUGGCAGCAGUUGCAGUUACUACUGGAUUAUCUGCACCUUACAACAAUUUAGCAGUGAUUUAUAAACAGCAGGGAAGCUAUGAUAAUGCCAUAGCAUGUUAUAAUGAAGUGCUCCGUGUUGAUCCUUUGGCUGCGGACGGUCUCGUUCAUAGAGGGAAUACAUUGAAAGAAGCAGGCAGGGUCAGUGAAGCAAUUCAAAACUAUUUGCAGGCUGUUGCUAUUAGACCAACUAUGGCUGAAGCUCAUGCAAACUUGGCUUACGCAUACAAAGACACGGGCCUACUGGAGUCGGCAAUUGUUAGUUACAAGCAGACCUUGCAAUUACGCCCAGAUUUUCCAGAAGUUACCUGUAAUCUCUUGCACACUCUACAGUGCGUAUGUGAUUGGGAUGACAGAGAAGAGAAGUUCAUCAAGAUGUCCCUUCUCCCAAGUGUGCAACCAUUCCAUGCUAUGGCAUUACCGAUUGAUCCAACUCUUGUGCUGGAAAUCAGUAAAAAAUAUGCAGAUCAUUACUCUUCGGUUGCAUUGCGUUUUGGUCUUCCUGCGUUCACACACCCCUCUCAUACUCCUAUAAAGGCUGAUAGAACUUCUCGGCUUAGGAUUGGAUAUGUGAGUAGUGACUUCGGCAAUCAUCCUUUGUCUCAUCUCAUGGGAUCUGUAUUUGGAAUGCACAACAAAGACAUCGUAGAGGUUUUCUGUUAUGCACUGAGCCGAGAUGAUGGUACUGAAUGGAGGCAACGUAUUAAGGAUGAAGCAGAGCAUUUCACUGAUGUGUCAGCAAUGCCAUCUGAUAUGAUUGAUAAAGUUAUCAAUGAAGAUAAGAUACAAAUUCUUAUCAAUCUUAACGGAUAUACAAAGGGUGCAAGGAAUGAAAUUUUCGCCAUGCAACCUGCUCCAAUCCAGGUUUCUUACAUGGGAUUUCCUUCAACUACUGGUGCUAGUUAUAUUGAUUAUUUGAUUACUGAUGAGUUUGUCUCUCCGUUGAAAUAUUCUCAUAUAUACUCAGAAAAGCUUGUCCACCUUCCUUACUGUUACUUCGUGAAUGAUUAUAAACAGAAAAAUCAAGAAGCUCUUGAUCCAGUUUGCCCACACAAACGAGCCGACUAUGGCCUGCCGGAGGACAGAUUUAUUUUUGCAUGCUUCAAUCAGCUGUACAAGAUGGACCCAGAUAUAUUCAACACCUGCCUAAAAGAAUAUGAAGAAAGGGCUGUAUUUUUAGCCACGAAUCCAUCAAAACUUCAAGCUCUUACAAACAGGCUCAAGGCUGUUCGGAUGACUUGUCCUUUGUUUGAUACAUCUUGA